CACGUUCUCAUGAAUAGUAUGCCAGUUCUGAGCAUUCUUAAUCUCACAUGAUUCUCAGCCGAACAUACUGCUUCCUCUUCCUUCCAUCGCCAUCGAAUGGAUUCGAAAUACUCUGUCGACGCCAUCAUAGCUGCUAGGAGUCUCCAAGUCUUUACGUUCAUAUACACGUCGAUGGCUACAUUUUGGACAUACGACUAUGCCUGCUCGAUGCGUGAGGAGGUGACAGAUCAUUUGCAAGAUCAACUUCCUAUCCUCACAAUGCACCCUUUCAAGGGAAUAUUUUUGCUUUAUUCCAGCUGGAACAGGGUAAAAAUGUUGUACGUUGUGACACGAUAUGUGCCUUUCCUUCUUUUUUCUGUGCACCUGUAUUUGAACUUCGUCCCAAAUGAGACCUCCAACAUGUGCCAAUUUAUCAACAAUAUUUGCUCAACUUUUAGCCUGAUAUCCAGCAUCUGCUCAGAAUGCUUCUUCAUCCUUAGGACUUACGCGCUAUGGAAUAACGAUAAGGUCGUUUUGGCAGCUAUGCUAUCAACUUUUGCAGCUGUAAUUAUGGGGUCCAUGGUUGCCCUCUUCACUGCGACUGCGACUGCGCCGUUUGAGACCAGUGCAAUUCCAGGCAUCACAGGCUGUUACCAGUCCUCAGGAAGUGCCAGGCUUUUUGUCCCCUUCCUUCUUUUGUUUGGAUUAGAAUUGAUGCUGAUUUCCCUCACGCUCACAUGUGCCAUACGAAAUUGGCGUACAAAUAACAGCAGUUUGUAUGUUGUUAUAUUGAAACACAAUGUGUUAUAUUAUGCAUGUGGUCUAUUUUUCUCGACCGUGAAUGUUCUGACAUCGCUGCUGCUCGAUCGGCAUGUUUCAAGAUUUCCAAUUUAUCAUUCAUGCCAUGCUCGCCACUCGAAUGCACCUCCAUCUAUGGCAUGCCGACUACAAACGUGAUUGUAAUGCCUCGGAUCUAAUCUCUCUCUCCCAGUUGGAACCCGCACCCUAUAUCGAGUCAGCCUAAGUAUUAGCGUAUUUGCUCUCACAGAGCGG